AUGAGUGAUGAUUCAGAACCACAACAACUGCAAGUCGCAGAUACUUCUGCUGACCAGUCACUUGACGCAACAGUUGCGCUUCAGAGACUUAUUGAUGAGCUAAAUGAAGGCGAUAUACUACUCAUGGCUGAUGAAAUUGAAGCCUGUAUAGCGCGCGCUAAAGCUCAACGUGAACAAGAAAUAAACCAAUUAACAAACACCAAUGAUGAUCUAAAGAACGAAAUCGAGCGUAAACAGCAACAGAUACAGGCCCUCACUAAGAUAAAUGAUAUCAACGCAGAACUAAUCGAGAAUAGUUCUAGCAUUGCCAACUAUGAGUUUUCCCCCAUUGAUAAAUCACAAGACCUUUUACAAGCAAUUCAUACAAAAUCGCAAGAACUUUUCCAUUUAAAAGUGGAUAUAAACAAGGAGAGAGAUGAUUUGAAUGUUGCUUUAAACCAGUUACAUCUCAAGAGUGCUAGAUUGCGCAAUGAGUUGAAUGAAAUCAAUGAGAAAUUGGAAAACCCGGAACCCAACAAAAACAUCGAUCCGCAAAAGUUAAAAGAUUAUGAUUUGGCGUUGUUGAAGAUUAACCUAUAUCGGAACUUGGGCAUACGUAUUGAGCCAUUCAAGAAAACAAAGCCUUUGGCAGAACUAGACCGUGGUGAGGCUAAUGUUGGAGGUUUGAAUGAUGAUUUCGUGGAGGAUGAACCUGAGGAUGUCCUUAUUGUCAGAGGUGGCGAUCAGGCACAAACUUUGCCUAUUGAAUUGAGCUAUUCCGAAGAGUAUAUAUCGAAAUUUGUUUGGGAAAAUAUUGACUGA